AUGUCGGUAGUCCCUCGGGCUUUGAUUCGGUACUCCCUGGUGGCAUUACCAGUGUCCCAAGCCAUAGACAAAAUUAGGUUCUGGGAGGAACCUGGCCAGGUUACCGCUGAUUGGUUCUCACGUCAUCCUCUGUCUCAGGGACCUAGGAGCCCCCUACGUAAAACCGUGACUAUUUCGCCUAGUGCAGGAUAUGAUGACGUGGCACGAACAAGCCAUGAUAGUAUCGACCAUUAUCUGAGAUAUCUGUUCUUCAAGUUAAAUUUUAUCCGAAGAAGCGACACUUAUAAUUAUGGUCAAGAAUUGAAAAUUUCCAGUAUUGCUAAAGAACCGCUUUCCUUGAGAGAAUGCUUUCACGACACUGAAUUAAACAAUUAUUCUUUGAUAAUGGAUUGGUAUGUAAAUAGCCUGCGAGGAUUGUUUGAAAGAUUUGUUGACGAGAUCGAUCGCAGGUUGUUUUGA